GUGGCACCACACCACUACUUCCUACAUUGUCCCAUUUUGAUACGCAUGCACGCUUCCAGCUUUUACACCUGUUUGUUGCCGACGCACAUUAGUUAUAUAUUACUAUCACUGUUAGCUAUUAUCAUCUAUAAAUAGCAUGCAUAAAUCAACACUUUUCUCUACAACUAAAACCUUCUAUCCUCUAUUCGAUAUUUGCUUUAGAUAGGUUUCAAGUAAUUUCUAACCUUGUGCUGAUAGAUAGCUUUGAGUUUUAUCACAAUGGCCUCCAUGAGGAUUUUAGCUGUUGUAGCUUUGCUUGUUACAAUGAGUGCUAUAGCAUGUGAAAGUAGAGUAGCAAGAAAGGAUCUUGGCUUGAACCUAGGUGGGCUGGGAAUUGGAACGGGUUCUGGUGUAGGAAUUGGAAUGGGUACUGGUGUAGGAAUUGGACUUGGUGGUGGUGGUAGUGGUGCUGGCUCUGGUUCAGGUGCAGGUGCAGGGUCUGGUUCUGGUUCAAGUUCUGGUUCCGCUUCAGGAUCGGGAUCGGGAUCAGGGUCUUCUGGAGCAGGUUCUGAGGCUGGUUCACAUGCAGGAUCUCAUGCUGGGUCAGGGGCUGGGUCGGGAGCCGGUUCUCAAGCAGGCUCUGAAGCUGGUUCACAUGCAGGAUCUCAAGCUGCGUCAGGGGCUGGGUCGGGAGCCGGUUCUCAAGCAGGCUCUGAAGCUGGUUCACAUGCAGGAUCUCAUGCUGGGUCAGGGGCUGGGUCGGGAGCCGGUUCUCAAGCAGGCUCUGAAGCUGGUUCACAUGCAGGAUCUCAUGCUGGGUCAGGGGCUGGGUCGGGAGCCGGUUCUCAAGCAGGCUCUGAAGCUGGUUCACAUGCAGGCUCUGAAGCUGCGUCAGGGGCUGGGUCGGGAGCCGGUUCUCAAGCAGGCUCUGAAGCUGGUUCACAUGCAGGAUCUCAAGCUGCGUCAGGGGCUGGGUCGGGAGCCGGUUCUCAAGCAGGCUCUGAAGCUGGUUCACAUGCAGGAUCCCAAGCUGGGUCAGGAGCCGGUUCUCAAGCAGGCUCCGAAGCUGGCUCCCAUGCAGGAUCAGGAGCCGGUUCUGAUGCAGGUUCAGAAGCUGGUUCUCGUGCAGGAUCUCAUGCUGGGUCAGAGGCUGGUUCAGGAGCCGGUUCUGAAGCAGGCUCUGAAGCUGGAUCACAUGCAGGAUCUCAUGCAGGGUCAGGAGCCGGUUCUGAAGCUGGUUCAGAAGCUGGUUCUCGUGCAGGAUCUCAUGUUGGGUCAGGGACUGGUUCAGGAGCCGGUUCUGAAGCUGGCUCCAAUGCAGGAUCUCGUGCUGGGUCAGGAACCGGUUCUGAAGCUGGUUCUGAAGCCGGUUCAUAUGCAGGUUCUCAUGCUGGAUCUGGGUCUGGGUCUUCUGAAGCGGGUUCUGAAGCAGGUUCAUAUGCCGGUUCCCAUGCUGGAUCAGGAAAUUGAAACUAAAAUCAUCCACAUUUAUAAAAUAAAUAGAUAAAUAAAACUACAUUAAGCAACAAAUAUAACUCAAUGGUUCAAUAGACAUAGUGUAAUUCAUAUAUGAAUGUGUUUUCCUGUGUAUUUGCUGCAUGGAAUCAUGAUCUAUCAUCUAUCCAUACAAUAUACAAUGUAGUGGUGUAAGGUUGUUUUCUUUGACAAAUGUGAAAUUUGUUGCUCAAUAAAAGAUGUUACUGUAGUUAAUA